AUGCACCGAUACAGGUCCCAACAAAAUACGCACCUGCGUCUGGCCGUGGGAGUAACCCUGGCCUACUCGACACUCGCAGCAGCACAAUGGCACGGACACCCGGGCUUUGGUCCAGGCGGUUCAGACUCGGGCGGAGGCGGAGGAGGCGGGCCGGGGUCGUUUUCCGGCUUCGGUUCCGACUCCGGUGGACAGGACAGUGGAUUCGGCCCGCAGGGCUUCAGCGGAAGCGGCGGGCCUGGGUUUGACAUCGACACCGCGACGCGGUACCGCACCAUCCACGGCAUCCUCGCGGCGUUAGCCUUCGUCGUGCUGUUCCCCAUGGGCUCCAUCUUCAUGCGCAUCAUCCCCGGCCGCCUCGCCAUAUGGGUCCAUGCCGUCACGCAGGUGAUCGGGUACGUCGUGUACAUCGCCGCCGCGGCCUUGGGCUUCUGGAUGGUCCAGGAGGUGCGGAUACCUUUUGCUAGCGGCAAUCUACUCUCCUUCUCCGCCAUCAACUACCAUCCCAUCAUCGGCAUCGUCGUCCUGGUGGCCCUGUUCAUCCAGCCCUUCCUGGGGCUGAUGCACCACUCGCGCUUCAAGAAGCUCCGCCGCCGCCAGGUCUGGUCGCACCUGCACAUCUGGAACGGCCGCCUGACGGUCCCGCUGGCCAUCGUCAACGGCGGCCUGGGCCUUCGCCUCGCCGGCGCCGCCGCCGGGGUCAAGACCGCCUACGCCGUCAUCGCCGCCGUCAUGGUCGCCCUCUGGGCCGCCGCCGCCGUCCUGUCCGAGUGCCGGCGCAGGCGCGCGGACAGGCGGGCCAGCAGGGGGAGGUUGGCGCGCCGGGUGAAGGUGGCUGAGGCGGUUGAGGCGUCUGAGGGGGUGGCGGGGCCGCGGGUGAGGAGGUGA